CGAGACGGCAGGGACAACACUGCUAGAUGAGUUGGUUGUUUGAGUCAAACAACUAAUGUACAGGAUUUAAGUUAGCGAUAUAACAUUGAUAAACAAACACUAUACAUCAGUUCCGGUGAUCGGGUUAGUCUUAUUUAUUGGGCAUUAAUUAUUUUAUUUAUUUGUAGGAAAUCGACAGUGCGAGCAAGUCUAGCACGCAUGUGUCAAACGUUCAGGGGGACACAUUACAAUUCAUAGAGAUUGUUUGGUUGGCUGACGUAAUUCUCAUACAAUACAAGAGGCUCCUGUAUCUGGCUGCGUUGUACUGAAUAAACAUGAACGAACAAGAGCUAGUGGAGUACUUCAGGACCCAGAUGGGGAAAGACCCCGAUAUGGCAUCUGCAGUAGCUGCCAUCCGCACGCUACUCGAAUUCCUCAAGAGAGACCAAGGAGAAACACUUUUCGGGCUUAGGGAGAGUCUGACAUCGGCUACAGACUGUCUGACGGGGGUCGACUCCUCCGUGGCUGUCUCUUCUGCGGGGGAACUAUUUCUACGAUUCAUUAGCCUGACAUCGUUGGAACACCAGGACUUGUCGCAGUGUAAAAAGGUGAUGGAGGAGCGAGGGGAGUUGUUUCUGCAGAAGAUCUCCAUGUCCAGAGCCAAGGUGGCCAAACUUUGCCACACGUUCAUCAAAGACGGCGCAAAAAUCCUGACCCACUCGUACUCCAGGGUAGUCCUCCGGGUGCUGGAGAAGGCGGCGGCAGAGAAGAAGAGGUUCUCGGUGUACGUCACCGAGUCCCAGCCGGACGCAGCUGGCGAACAGAUGGCUGCAGCCCUGAGGAAGCUCGACGUUCCUGUGACCGUGGUCCUGGAUGCUGCCGUGGGCGCCGUGGUGGAGAAGGUGGACCUGGUUAUCGUCGGUGCCGAGGGAGUCGUGGAGAGCGGAGGGAUCAUCAACAAGAUCGGGACGUACCAGAUGGCGGUGUGCUCCAAGGCCCACAACAAGCUGUUCUACGUGGUGGCAGAGAGCUUUAAGUUUGUCCGCCUCUACCCCCUCAAUCAGCAGGAUGUGCCGGAUAAGUUCAAGUACAAGGCGGACACGUUGAGGAGCUCCCAGAGCCUGUCCGAGGAGCACCCCGUCAUCGACUACACGCCCCCGUCUCUCAUCACCCUGCUCUUCACUGACCUGGGCGUCCUCACCCCGUCCGCCGUCAGCGACGAAUUGAUCAAACUUUAUUUAUAACUUCUCUACGAAUAAAAAGAAAAUCAACAAACAAAA